GUCUGCGGCAUGUCUGCGAGCAAGAAGAAAAGUAGAGGGAAGCCUGGCUCCGCGAGCGCCUCCCCCGGCCCGGAGCCCGCAGCUCUGAGCGGACAGCCCUCUCUGUUCAGGGUUACCGACUGCUUAGAGAAAGAAUUCCGGAUAAGGGGUCUGACCGAUGGGACCCCACGCUAUCUCCUGUCCGGCACCCUGGCUUUCCUCCUGAAUGGGGCUUGUUGAUGCGCCCCUUCAAUGCAUCUAUAUUGAAGAAGACAAAGUGCCUAAAGCUUACAGAUGUUCUUUUAUACAACUUGGAAUCAACAGCAUGAAAUCAGCUGGGCUGUGCAUUGGACGGCCAGCUCUGCUCACCAGUGAAGGAGGCAGACAAGAGGUUUGCACUGCAUGGCCAGUCAGUGGUUUUCCUUCUGGGAAGGUUGGUCUAGCCUUCACUGCUCAGAAAGGUCUCAAGGUAAAGGCUGGUGAUUCAGUUCAUAUUCAUCCUGUGACAGGACCUGUGUUACAAGCAGAAGAAUUAGAAGUCACACUCAGGGAGAAGGAUGCCAGUGCUGUCAGUGUUGAAGAGCUGUCUUCUUUUCUGCUGAGGCUCAUGGAUGGAAAAAUAUUUUUACCUGGAAAUCAUAUAAACCUGAGUUUCUUUGGGAGGUUGUGCAGCUUACAAGUGGCCAGCAUAAAGGGACCCGAUGGGGGUGUGCAAGAACAGAUACUCAGAAACACAGUCGAAACAACUAUUGACGCUGAUGUGGACUCUAGCAGUUUGGACCUAUCAUUACAGCUUAGCUUACUUGAUAUUGAGGAUCGAAAGGAAGUAGCUAUGACCAGUACACCAAGCAAAGCUGAGGAAAGCAGAUCUUCCCACCCUUCUUCACAUUCCGAUGUUGUAAUGGAAGACAGAAUCAUAGGAGAGCCUUGCCAGGAAACUCAGAGUCCUAUCUGUGUCACAUCUGCUACCAGUGAUGACAGUGUUGGAGUGUCUCCUCUUAGGAAAGCAGGAGUUAAAUGUAAUACAGAUGUAUUUUAUUACAUUUCUCCUUUAACUCGAGUCAAAUAUAAAAGUCCAAAGGUACUUGGUGAAAUAGAAGAUGAUACAAAAAACAAAAUGACAUACGAUAUGAUUGGUGGUUUACACACCCAACUGGCGGAAAUCAGGGAGACAAUAGAGCUUCCGCUGAAGCAGCCUGAAUUGUUUAAGGCCUAUGGAAUUCCUCCUCCACGUGGAGUUCUACUCUAUGGGCCUCCUGGAACAGGCAAAACACUGAUAGCACGUGCAAUUGCUAAUGAAGUUGGUGCUCAUGUUUCAGUUAUCAAUGGUCCGGAAAUAAUGAGCAAAUUUUACGGAGAGUCAGAAGCCAGACUUCGUCAGAUAUUCUCUGAAGCAUCACAACGUUUGCCCUCCAUUAUAUUCAUUGAUGAACUUGAUGCACUUUGCCCAAAAAGAGAAGGGGCCCAGAGUGAAGUGGAGAAAAGGGUCGUAGCCUCAUUGCUCACACUAAUGGAUGGGAUUGGCUCGGAAGACAGUCAGGGCCAGCUGCUGGUUCUAGGUGCAACCAAUCGUCCUCAUUCACUGGAUCCCGCAUUACGUCGCCCUGGGCGUUUUGACAAAGAAAUCGAAAUUGGUGUCCCCAAUGCCCAGGGGCGCCUGGACAUUCUUCAGCGGAUACUUGUAAAAGUCCCACAUCAGCUAAAAGAGGAAGAGCUUGCAGAUUUAGCCAGUAGUACCCAUGGCUAUGUGGGGGCAGAUUUGGCAGCUCUGUGCAAGGAAGCAGGCUUGAAUGCUCUGAGGAGGAAACUAGGAGAGACGAGUAACCCAUCAGACAGUGAAGUGGCUGGCUCUGUGGUAGUCACUAUAAAUGACUUUCUUCAGGCGAUGAAUGAUGUCAGGCCCAGUGCCAUGCGGGAGGUGGCAGUCGAUGUGCCCAAUGUAUCAUGGUCUGACAUUGGAGGCUUAGAAAAUGUUAAGCUCAAACUAAAGCAGUCAGUAGAGUGGCCACUUAAGCACCCUGACUCCUUUAUACGCAUGGGAAUCCAGCCACCAAAGGGAGUAUUGCUUUAUGGUCCCCCAGGCUGCUCCAAAACCAUGAUAGCAAAGGCUAUAGCAAAUGAAAGUGGACUAAAUUUCUUGACAGUCAAGGGUCCGGAACUGAUGAAUAAAUAUGUUGGUGAAUCAGAAAGGGCAGUUCGUGAGAUAUUCAGGAAGGCAAGAGCAGUUUCUCCAGCUAUUCUCUUCUUUGAUGAACUAGAUGCUUUAGCUGUUGAAAGGGGAAGCUCUGGAGCUGGAAAUGUAGCUGACCGAGUAUUAGCUCAGCUUUUGACUGAGAUGGACGGAGUUGAACAACUGAAAGAUGUGGUGAUUCUGGCAGCUACAAAUCGUCCUGAUUUAAUAGACAAGGCUCUUAUGCGUCCAGGACGAAUAGACAGAAUCAUUUAUGUGCCAUUGCCUGAUGCUGCCACGCGUCGGGAAAUAUUUAGACUCCGUUUCCAGAGCAUGCCUAUUGAUAAAGAGGUUAAUCUAGAUCAUCUUGUGUUCAAUACUAAGAAGUAUUCUGGAGCAGAGAUCACUGCUGUUUGUAGAGAGGCAGCCUUAUUGGCUUUACAGGAAGACAUACAUGCUAAUUCUGUAACCGAAAAGCAUUUUGAUCAAGCUUUGACCGUUGUGACACCAAGAAUUCCAGACUCUCUUAUUCAGUAUUAUGAGACUUAUCAACAAAAAAGUGUACUACAUAAUUUCUAAAUGUUUUUUAUAGGUAGUAAGCACAAUAAAUUGCCAUGUCAUCAGGAUUCGGCUGUGACUAUUUCCCUGAAAUAAAUGGUUAAUAACAAAUCAAUAGCUUGUGAAAAUGUUACCAAAUGCAACCCAAUAGGAUAUUCCAUAUAACAAAAUGCUCAACAGUUCAAAUAAGUAAUGCCAAAUCCAUACAGAGGGCAUUCAUCUGCCAGAGGAGCUGCUGAGUUGUUACCUCAGGAGGUGAAAAUCAUGAUGGGUGAUGAGAGAAUGUGUUUGACCGACAGUGAAGGACAGCACAUUCCUAAGGUACAGAUACCUAAUAAAUACGAGUGAGGAAUGGGAAGGAAGUGUUAUCACUAUGAAGGUUAAAACGGAG